AUGUCAUCUGGUUUCGUGUCCGCCGGGACAAACGACGAGCCCGUGGAGCGCGAUGAUGCCUGGGUAAGAGCGCAGAAAGAGUUGGAGGAGGAGCGGCGGAAGAAGGCCGAGGCUGGGCAGCAGAAGGAUGGGAAGAGUCUUUUUGAGGUGCUGCAGCAGAAUAAAAUGGCGAAACAAGAACAAUUCGAGGAGAAAAUGCGAUUGAAGAACCAAUUCCGCGCGCUGGACGAGGACGAGGUGGACUUUCUAGAUUCGGUCCUGGAAUCGACUCGUGCACAGGAAGAGGCUGUGAAAAAGGAUACAGCCGAUCAACUGGAAGUCUUCCGGAAACAGCGCGAGGAGGCGGAGAAGGCCAUGUUGGGGUCUACCACGUCGGAGUCGACACCUGCGCCUGCGGAGGAGGAGGAUUGGGCGAUUUCUGCAAGGAAGAGGAGGAGGGAUAAGGGAAAGGAUUUGUUGCUUCCGGGGAAGAAACGUAAGGCUUCGACUACGGAGGAGAGUGCCUCGCCGAAGACUGAGGGGGUAGCUACUAAGUCUACGUCUUCACCUGUGAAUGAUGCUCAAAGCGCGAAGGCGGCUGAAAACGCUGUCAAAAGUACAUUGGCGACGCAGACACAGUCGAGUAUACCGGAUAAAACCACAGAGACCAAACAGCCAGGUAAACCAGCACCUGCAGGACUCGGACUGGUAGGAUAUGGAUCAGACUCCGAUUCAGAUUGA